AUGGCGACAUCUCAGACGGUUAUGCGCUUCUACCACACCGUCAAGUCCAUCGUUCUCAACCCCAUCGUCCCGGGCUCGGCCCUGGUAUUCCUCACCUAUGCCCCUGCCGACGUGGUAGCCAAGCUUCUCAAGCCGGAGGUGGUGUCGCGGUAUCUGAGCGGCGGGGUGGCGGACCUCAAGUUCCCGCUCCAGAUCGUACUCGGGGUGGCGAUUGUGCGGACGGUGAACCGGUUCCUGAGCCGCUGCGCCCUGAGCAACUGGACCAUCACGACGGCCAGCGGGUGGGACUGGCCCAAGGAGAUUGCCGUCGUGACGGGCGGCAGCGGCGGCAUCGGCCGCGACAUGGUGCUCAACCUGACGGCCAAGGGCGUGCGCGUCGCCGUCCUGGACGUGGCCCCGCUGCCCGCCGACAUGGAGGCCGACGGCCUGAUCCGCCACUUCCAGUGCGACGUGUCCGACCACGAGGCCGUGCGAGCUGCCGCCGACGCCGUGCGCUCCACCUUUGGCCACCCGACCAUCCUCGUCAACAACGCCGGCAUCGUCACCAACCAGCCCAUCCUCGACACCAGCCCCGACUAUGUCCAGAAGGUGGUCGGCGUCAACCUCCUGUCGCUGUGGUACACGACCCAGCAGUUCGUCCCCAACAUGAUCCUCGCCGACAAGGGCCACGUCGUCACCAUCGCCUCGGCCGCCUCCUACACCAUCCUCGCCAACGCCGCCCACUACUCGGCCACCAAGGCCGGCGCCCUCGCCUUCACCGACACCCUCCGCGCCGAGCUCAACGUGGUCCACAAGGUCAAGGGCGUCCUCACCACCUGCGUCCACCCCUGGUGGGCCACCUCGGGCAUGACCAGCCGCUACGCCGACGCCAUCACGAGCUCCAUGGGCCCCAUGUUGACCUCCCAGUUCGUCGCCGACAGCGUCACCAAGCAGAUAUUCAGCCGACGUGCCGGUCACGUCUUCGUCCCAGACAUGUACUCGUGGAUGAGCAGCAUCCGCCACUUCCCCUCUUGGGUGCAGAUCAUGGUCAACAACAGUACCGCCAAGAUGACGCCUCUCCCUGCCAAGAAGACGGCCUAA